AUGGUGCAGAUAUUGGAAACAGCGAAAGAACGAAUAAAGCUAAAAUUGGGGCAUAUUGGUGCUGCGGGAGCUCUAUUACAUGAAGAUAAAAUGUUAAAUAUAUCACUGGAAGAUCUCUAUGAGAAUGGAAUAAUUGAUGAAAGAAUUGACAUCGAAAUUUCAUCCCGACCGGGAUGUGGUUAUUCUUUUGAAGGUGCAACAGUUGCAGCUGAAAUGUAUUAUAAACAAGAGAUCCGUGCAUUCAUUGGUCCUUAUUGUUCUUCAGAACUAGAUGUAGUUGCAAAAAUGGCCGCUUUCUGGAAUAUACCCGUCAUAUCGUAUACAGCAACCAAUGGCUUGAUUGAUAAGACGAUUUAUCGAACUUUGGCUAGAGUUUCGUUUACAAAUAUAAAUUCAAUUGCUGAAGCUGUAGCUGCUGUUUUAACUCAUUACAAAUGGUUCAAGGUAGCAAUAGUAACAAAUACUGGAGUUGAUGAUCGAGUGUUAACUUUGGAACAAGUGCUAGGAAGACGAGGAAUAACUGUACUGAACAAAGUGAUAUUCGAGAUGAAUUCUACUUCAGAAGAAAUGAUUGCAAGUGGCCUGAUCAAUCAACUUCGUAGCAGCGCUAGAAUUAUCAUUUGCUCCUUCUCAUCAAUGCUUCAAAUGAGUAGAGAAUUCAUGGCCGCAACUUAUAAUGUCGGCAUGCAUUCAAACGACUUUGUCUAUAUAUUACCAUGGAUUCGGGAAGGAAAGAAGGAUACUUUACCCUGGCUUGGUACCGCUGGUGAAACUAUGCAGAAAGUGAGAGAGCAGUAUGAAAAUGCUAUUAUGGAUAAUAUCUAUUCCUACUUGCAUAUAUACGACGCAUUGCUCCUGUAUGCAUAUGCCAUACGAGCACUUUUGAACGAGACGAAUGAUCCUUCUCUAUUCAAUAAUGGAAAACUUAUUUGGAAUAAGAUGAGACGUUUGAAGUUUGAAGGAGGUACGACAGGUUCAAUUAUGAUGGAUGAUUUAGCAGAUCGCGUGCCAAAUUUGGCAGCUUUCUAUGUGCCAGCAAAUGGAAACAAAAUCUCUAAGAUUGUUAACAUGAGUUCAAAAUUGAGACCAAACUGUGACGGGAUACUUAACAAGUUUGGAUGCUAUGAUUUGUUGGUGACGGAUGUAAUAACGGGAUUUUGGCCUAGUCAUGACGGUCUGUUGCCAUUAGAUGAACCUAUUUGUGGUUUUCAUAAUGAAAAGUGUUCUUACUUGAUCGAAAUUAUUUUUGGCAGUAUACUAAUUUCACUUAUUACGCUUCUCUUGCUAUUUUAUUACAUUUUUCGAUGCUACGAAUCACACACGCUCCGCAAAAUGCCUUGGCGCAUAUACAAAGAUGAUAUAAAAAUACUGGACGAGGAACAAUUAAAAUCAAUGAAAUCAGUGGGAAGUUCGAUUACGAAAAUGAGUGAAUCAAGUAUUGGGCAAAAAAAGCAUGCACUUGUUGGCGUUAAUACUCAUGUCACUUAUCAUUUAUAUCCACAGCGACGUCCAAUAAAAUUUGGUCGAGAAGAUUUAAAGCUUCUCUCGCAAAUGAAGGCAGCAGUACACGAUAAUUUAAACACAUUUAUUGGGAUAGUAUUUAACCAAGGAGAAAAUAUGUUUUUAAUCUGGAAAUUUUGUUCGAGAGGAACCAUACAAGAUAUCAUAUACAAUCAAAAUAUGAUUCUAGAUGAAAAAUUCCACGCAGCGUUUAUCCGUGAUAUUACACAGGGUUUGGAAUAUUUGCACACAUCGCCAAUUGGCUACCAUGGAUCGUUGUCACCAUGGGCAUGUCUGAUCGAUCGUAAUUGGAUGGUAAAGUUAACCGAUUUCGGGAUUGCAAAUUCAAUCGAACGUUGGGAAAAAAGAGGGUGGAUUUCAGUAAACGCACUUAUUUCGGAUGAUGACAAAAGUGGACCUACACAAAGGACAUUUAUACUUUAUUGUUCUCCUGAAAUGUUAAAAAAUCGAGAACUGAAUCGGCGAUCUGUAAAGGACCAUGAUUGGAAAAAGCAAUCAAAAGUUCUUCGGCAAGCUGGCGAUAUUUAUUCGUUAGGGAUGGUUAUGUAUGAAAUCCUUUUUCGUUCGCUACCUUACCCAGAAAAUAUGGAUAUCAACGAACUGGUGGAUACUAUAUCAGAUGGAAGCAGAACAUUUCCACCUCGCAUAAUGCAUUCCCGGAAUGUGCAUCCUGAUCUAUGUGCACUUUUGGAGGACUGUUGGUCUGAAAAUUUGGAAGUCCGACCGACGAUACGACGUGUUCAUUUGAACACAAAGAGGAUUCUAAAAGUGAAAGACAGUUUGGUUGACCAAAUGAUGUCAGUAAUGGAGCAGUAUGCUACAAAUCUGGAGAAGUUAGUUGCUGAUCGAACUGCAAUGCUUGAAGAAGCAAACACACGAGCCGAUAAAUUAUUGUCACAAUUACUUCCGCCAUAUGUUGCAAAUGAAUUGAAACUUGGUCGCUCUGUUCCACCUAAAUUAUUUGAAAUGGCAACUGUGUUAUUUUCGGAUAUUGUCGGUUUCACAAAUAUUUGUUCUUCUUCUACACCUUUGGAAGUUGUCACGAUGCUAAAUGGUUUAUAUAGUGGCUUUGAUGAGUGCAUUUGUCGUAGCGGAGCCUAUAAGGUGGAAACAAUUGGUGAUGCAUACAUGGUGGUUUCGGGAAUACCUGAAGAAAAUGGUGCCAAACACAUUCAGUGCAUUGCUGAUGUUGCAUUGGAUAUGAGAAAAUAUCUCAAUAGCUAUCAAGUACCACAUCGCUCAGAUAAACUACAAUGUCGCUGGGGUUUUCACACUGGUCCUGCAGCUGCCGGGGUCGUAGGACUCACAUCACCUCGCUAUUGCCUUUUUGGUGACACGGUGAAUGAAGCAUCUCGAAUGGAAAGCACAAGUUUUCCCGGUAAAAUACAGAUGAGUUCAGAUGCGCGAGACUUUCUUAUGAUUCACUAUCCGUUCUAUGCAUGUCAAGAAAGAGGGAAAGUGGAAAUAAAGGGCAAAGGAGUCUUAUUAACUUACUGGUUGGAAAAAAAGUUGGAUGAUGGAUCAACGUCUAGUGAUGCAGCAGUGUAA